GUUUUUUACCUGAUGACGAUUUGAACCAUUGUCCCGGAGGAACGUGACGUCGUUUAAUGUUUAUAUCAACGUUCACAUUAAUAUUUAACUAAAAUACGUUAAAAUCUUGUUCGUUCAUAAAAAACUGAUUCAGCAGCUUCGAGCGCCAACUAGUCAACAGCGUUUCCCGCGUCACCGCGACGACGCGUUUCCGUUUCCUGUCCUCGGUGGAUCAGUUCCGGGUUGGAGCAGCUCAACGUGGUUGCUGGAGUUUCUCCGGUUUGUGGAUAAACUUCGUGGAGGAGCUGAAGGAAAAACACGUGUCCUCCUCCCUCAGUGAGACAUGGGGGAGUUCACGGUUCAUCGUGUUCGAUUCUUCGACCACAUGCCCGCUGCGAUCCGGGCCCUGGCCUUUAACAGCGGCUCGGAGCGGCUCGCCCUGGCCCGGGCCGACGGAGCCGUGGAGGUGUUCAACUUCACCGACAACUACUUCCAGGAGAAGGUGAUUCCAGGACAGGACGGCAGGACGGUGGAGGCUCUGUGUUGGGUGGGUCGGCGUCUGUUCGCUGCUGGUUUGAAUGGAGAGAUCACAGAGUACGACCUGGAGAACCUGCGGCCCAGAUACACAGUGGAGGCGUACGGAGGACCGGUCUGGACCAUCAGCGCCAACAGCCAGGGAUCACUGCUGGCGGUCGGUUGUGAGGACGGGACAGUGAAGAUGUUUGAGAUUCUAGAGAAGACGAUCCAGUUUCAGAGAAACCUCGACAGGCAGAAAGGACGUAUUAUAUCUCUGUCCUGGCAUCUGUCUGGUUCUCUGAUCGCUGCCGGAAUGAUGGACAUGAUCCGGAUCUUUGAUGCUGAAACAGGACGAGCCACACACAGACUCCUGGUGGACAGAGGUGUCGGGACGUCCAAGAGCCAGGAGGUGGUGGUGUGGAGCGUCGUCUUCUUGUCCAAUCACACAAUCAUCAGCGGCGACUCUGCUGGAAAAGUCCAGAUCUGGGACGGACACACGGGAACUCUGGUCAGAACUCACCUGGUUUCUAAGUGGGACGUUCUGGCUCUCGCUGUUUCACAGGAUGAGAGCAGCGUCAUCGCCGGGACGUCAGAGGGAACCGUCACCCAGUUCCAGUUCAUCUCCUCUGCGGCUCAGCAGGACAAAGAGUGGGUCAGAACCAGGACCUUCAAAAACCACUCGCAUGACGUGAGGGCGCUGGUCCACACAGAGACCGCGGUGGUUUCUGGAGGCAUGGACACCCAGCUGGUAGUGCGCCCCCUGCUGGACAAGGUGGAGAAGAACACCCCGGAGUCGUCACUGCGCAAAAUAGCUUUUCCACACAGGAGUCUGGUUUGUUGUGCUAAGAAAGCAGGACGGCUGCUCUUCCAGUUCCCUGAACAUUUAGAGUUGUGGAGAUUAGGAGAGAGCGACGGACACGGACGAGUUGGGGACAGUUUGCCUGUGAAGAGGAAACCGGAGAAACUGAUCCACCUGAAGAGGAAG